ACAAAGAAUUGUUUAACUGAUUGUAAACACUUUGUUUAACAAACUGUUUUUAUAUAAAACUUUGUCACUGUCCAAGGAAAAUCACAGUUCAAGUUUGUUUUCGUGAUCAGUUUAUUUUUGCAACAAUCGAGAUGAAGUUCUUUUAUGUUUUAUUCGUAAUUUCAAUAACGAUCAGUUUCUUGAGUGCUCAAGAAGUCGAAACCGAAGACGAAGAUGAUGAUUAUAAUGUGGACAUUGAUCCUGCCGAUAUUGGGGAUAUUGGUAACAAUACAAUAUAUGUCUUAGGGGAUAACGGUGAAGUUGUUAUGGGUCAAACAAAUCGAUCAGAUCCACGACAGAAAAAAGCGAGUGCCAAAAAUAUCCACUUUUACUUAUACACAAAGGGCGGAGCUGGUCUUGAUCAACAUUACGAAUUAUUUGUAAAUAAAUCGACUAAUUUGAAAAAUUCUCCAUUUAAUCCAGCAUACCCUACAAAAAUUUUAAUUCAUGGAUUUGGGAAUUCCUAUAAAAGCCCUUUUGGUCAACAAACGAAAAAUAGUUACUUAAAUAGUGGCCGAUAUAAUGUAAUAGUUGUCGAUUGGCGAAAAUUAGCUCGUGCACCAUGGUACUUAACAGCUUCUAAAAAUACGCGAUUAGUUGGACAGACCACAGCCCAAUUGAUUGAUAAUUUAGUUCAGGGAGCUGGAAUGAAAUUAGAAAAUUUACACAUAAUUGGGCAUAGUUUAGGCGCACAUACGGCUGGAAUUGCUGGAAAAAAUGUUAAAUCAGGACGUGUGGAACGUAUCACUGGAUUAGAUCCAGCUUUACCAUUAUACAAUCUUGCACCUGGUGAUGCUGAAUGGAGAUUAACUAAAGACGAUGCUCAAUUUGUGGAUGUAAUUCACACUGCAAGUGGAUUAUUAGGUUUCUUAUUUCCAUUAGGAGAUAAUGACUAUUAUCCAAACGGUGGUACAGUUUCCCAACCAGGAUGUAACUUUGAUAUAGGCGGAAGUUGUAGUCAUUCUAGAUCCUGGGAAUAUUUUAUUGAAACUAUACCAAAUGCUGUAGCAUUCCCAACAAGGGCAUGCGAAAAUUUAAAACAAGUUAAAGAUGGUAGCUGUGAUAGUUUUCGAAGUGAUGCACCAAAUAUGGGUGACAGAACUUUCAAAGAUGAAGAGAAUCGAAUCUUUUAUACCAAAACCAGGAGUGAGAAACCUUUUGCUAUUAAUGUAGAUGUUUAAAGAGCAUUAUUGUUUUCGAAACGAGAAUUUUGAAAAUGUGAUAUUUACCACAAAAAUUAUUUAUUAUGUAUAUUUUUCUUCUAUUUAAUUAUUUUGU